CUGCGACAUAUAUAUACACAUAUACGUAUAUAUAUAUAUAAAAUUGCGACCUAGCGUUUUAGCCAGAACCAAGCCUUGAAAAUACUUCUCAAACCUUCCCCUUCGCGAGACGAAUCCAACGGAGAAAGAAUCGUCGAAAACGGUCGUGAAACGAGGGAGAAAAGCCUCGCCGGAGUAUUCGCCGGGCUAACCGUAAAAUCGGAAAACGAGGAGGAGGGGGUUGCCGCUGCCGCCGCCAGUCCAUCACCGAUCACCGCCGACCCAGAAGGAGCCGUUUGCACCGCCGUUUCGCCCGUCCAAGGAGGUGAUUAUCUAGAGACCAGAUUAGAAGAGGAUAACUAGGAGCAACAGGACUUGAGGUAAGUUUCUCUGCCAAUCCAAAAUUUGUUUCCUCGUAUUAUAUGCUUAUUAUGCAUUAUGUGAUUAAGUGUGAAUUUUAAAUGUGUACUAUUUGGGGUGACUAAGAAUUUGAGAAAUAUUGAAGGUAUAUUUUGGGAUUUAAUCCCUAGUAUGACUUUGGAGUGAAUUUUUAUGUAAAAGAAUUUUGGAGUAUUUAUGAAUGUGAAUUUUUGGUGGACGUAUCUAUUAAAUAGAUAUUCUGGAGGACUAUAUAUAGAGAGAUGAUUUUUCAAGAAGGAAUAAUGUUUUUCAAUAAUUAUUGACAUCUCGAGAGAAACACGAGGUGUGGGUGGUUAGAGCUAUAUACCGCGGGUUUAGUUUAGGUUUAUGAUGAUUAUUGGUGGCGGGAGAUAUCCCGGUAAAUAUUAGUGGCGGGAGAUUCCCGGUAUUUCUUUUGAGAACUUUAAAAGUUCUUUGGUGGCCGCGGUAGUAGUUUCUAAUUACCCGGGUUUCUAACCCAUUGUGAGGUAGGGGGACGUUGUCCGAACUACUUGGACUUCUUACUACUCGGAGGGCUUGGAAUCCCUUUUAGGGGGUGUGCACACUUAAGGGUGAAGUUCAGUUUCCAAUUGGUGGUCGGUGGGAGCCGGAAUUCCGGGAUGAGUCGUACACAACAACGAUUCAUUGGGCUCGAGGAAUCUUGAGUUUCGCCCAUCUUAAAAGAAUCUGAAAGUGACAUUGAUUUCGGAAUGGUGAUAUUUUUAGCUUCAAAAGUUAUUUUUGAAAAGUGAUACUUCUUUUGAGAUAUUAAUUAAUUGUUGGGAGCUUAUAAAUAUUAUUUUUAAUUAUACGGGUAUUUGAGAUUAUAAAGUUGAUAAAUGAUGUUUUUGAUUGGAAAAGAAUUUCGGUGGUGUGAGUAUUUUUAUAUAGUAUUAUAUGAAAAAUUAUUUUCGCCAAACCUGAUUAUUUUACGGGGUUGGGUAGUACUUACUUAGCUCUAAAGCUAAUUUUUGUUUCCUUUUCUUUGUUUCGUUUUCUGCACUUUAUUUGUGCACUUUAUUUGAUGAAUUCGAAGCUCAUGAUGUUUGAUGAACCUGGAUAGCACUUUAGAAGAAUUUAGUGUAGUCUUCACUUAGAUUAAAUAAUGCUAGUAGAUUUUGAAUUCAAGUUUUUAAUUCGGUUGAACUCAUGGUGGAUAGCCUUAACAUCCAGCCAAGUUGAGGGCUGGGUGUGGCGGUAACACACCCUUUUUCCAUUACUGUUAUUUCCGCUGCAAAACUCUAUCUAUUUUUAAGAAAUAAAUCAAGAUUGUUAUCAAUAUAUUAUUAUUUCAAGUAUUAUUUUGGGCGAAAAAAAUGGGGGUGUUACAGCCUUGAAGGAGGACGAGGAGAGUGCGGUCAUCGACACCUUCGACCUCGUCGGUCUCCUUCGUCCUCCGCUCUAAGAAGCUACAGAGCGGUUCGUCGUGUUGUUGUUUGAUAGUGAGAAGGUCGGAGAAGUGCUUCUUCGCGCGCUUCCUUCCAGCAAAGUAGGUGAGGAAGUGUUGUGCAACAUCCUGCCAUGAGUCCACGCUGCCUUCAGGUAGCGCAUUCAACUACUUGUACGUCGGUCUCUCAAAAAUGGAGAGAAACCAAUGGCACAGGUAUUCAUCUGACGCAUAUAUCAUCAGCAUGUUGUUCUGGUAACGGCUGAAAUGUUCUUUGGGGUCCGUGCGAGUGUCGUAGGGCUUGAUGUUGUUCCCUCGGUAUUUCUCGGGGAUUGGGGCAGAGAGCACCCUCUCUGUGAAGGAAGUCUUUGUCCUGAUUUGUAUGAUGGGGUCACCGCAUCCUUCGGCCUGCUCCCUCUCCAAAGUGCUAACCUUGUGCAGGAGGGCGUUGUAGCCGGGAUCCCGGGAGGUGUUGGGUGUGGCCUCACCAGCCAGCUGUCUUGCUUCCAUUUGGGCCAUUCGCCUCUCCAGCUGGGCGAUGACUUCGACGCGGGGAUCCUUUGUGGCCAUAGCGGCUCCUUGCUGAGUCUGGACACGGGUCGCAUGGGCUUGGUUGAUUUGAUGGCGCCAAAUGAUAAAGUAUUAAUCUUAGUGAGAAGUGAGAACUGGAGAGAGAAAGUGAGCAAUUAAUAUUUCUGAACCCUCUAUAACUACCCUUUAGGGGGGCUAUUUAUAGGGGAAAAUGUGGGUUUGGGCUCCUAAGUCUUGGGCUUGGGAAGCACAAUUCAAAAUAGGGCCUCUAAUGGGUUGAGUACAUGAUUUAUGAAACCAAGUGUAACAUAUCUUUUGUCGAAGUCUCUUUAGCCGACGGAGGACCAGGCCGAGGGAGGGCCUGGCUGACGGAGGACCCAUUUCUGUUCCUGGGCUUCUGGGUGGUAUUCUGAGAUCCGUUUGGUUUUGGACGAUGGAGGGUCAUCUGGCCGAUAAAGGACCACGUGGGUGCCGAUUGUGCUUGUAUUUAGUUCUCUGAGUAUGUGGGUCAUGGGGUCUAGGCCCAUAUCCUCUAUCAAUCCUGUUGGUGCAUAACUAAUAUAAUAUCAUGUCAGUCCACAUACAAACAUAUACAAAGAAAAUACACACAUAUCUAUGAUUGAGUCCAGUGUAAUGAUUUAUAUCUAUUAAGCUUAACACUUAUAUUCAAUUACAUUUUCCUUGAGAUGCAUUCAAUGUGAAUUCCUAGAGAAACACACAAAGGUCAUGUAUAUUUAAGUAUAUAUUUUUCUUUGUACACACAGAAACAUACUAUCGUAUAUAGAUUGAUGUGUAAUUGUGUUCCCCAAUAUGUUAAUCUUUAUUAUACUUGAUUGUUUUGUUAUAACAUAUGAAAGUAUAAUUAUGCUGAGGAAUGUACCUUAUCUUUUGUUGAUUUAGUUAUCUUACACAUAACUCAAGACGUGAUUCAAUAUACUCUGUAUGUGUGUAAUUUUUCUAGGGAAAAGGAACAUAUAUACCCCUGCACUAUUAUGGUGGGAACAGAUAUACCCCUCUUCUUUAUUUUGGAACAAAAAACUGAUAAAACUGCAAUUAAGAUACAAUUGUACCCCUCUCCUAACGUUUGACAACUUUCCGUCAGAACUAAAGUUACACCCAGAAUUGAAUGGGCAUCCAUUCUAUCUUCUCCAUCGCAGCGACUAGGGUCAGCUACAGCUCCAUGCUUCUUCACAUUUUAGCAGUGACCUGAUUAAAGCUUCUUCCUUCGUCCUUAUAUUUUUAAUGUCUUCAUCUUCCCCGAUUUGGUCCAGUAGCCCAGCAAAGCCAGUCACUUUCGAGCUUGACUAUAAAGGACAGUGCAAAUGAUUCUUUUGUGGACAAAAAGCUCCAAGAUUCAAAACACAAACUCAAAAUAACCCAGGACGCCGUUUCUACGGUUGUCCAAACUACAGAGUAACUUUUUGUUUAUUUACCUAGACAUUUCCUUCGUGGGAUGUUUAUGGUUGUCUUUUGUGUAUCUAUUUUUUUACAUGUUAUUUGAAUAGAAAAGUGAAUACAAAAUGUGAAGGUGAAUGGAUGCAGAUAUUUUGAAUGGCAUGAUGAAGCUUUACCGAUUUGGGCUAAAGAUUUGAUAAAUGAGCCGAAGUUAGAAAGAAAAAUGCCGCGAAUGGAGAAUAAGAGACUAAAUUUGUUGAGAGCCAAAAUGACAUAUGGAUUGUUGAGAGCCAAAUGACAGGUUCAUUGGCAGAUAAAGCAAAACUGAAGAAGCGGAAAAAGAUAGCUUACCUGUUUGCUAUGAUUAGUUGGCUAGUAUUGGCAAUUGUCCUUGUAAUGAAACAUUGAGAUGUUAGAAUGAUGUUGUUGCCUCUAUUGUUAUAGUAUUUCUUAGUAUUAUCAGUAUGAAGCUGUAACUGUAUUGUGGUGUGCCAUAAUGAUCUAUGUUGUCUAUGACUAUGUUGUUAUCAUUUCUAUGUUCUUG